AAACCCAUAAACUCUGUAGACAAACCCACAAGAACCAGUUGUGUCACAUAUAAAUCGCACAAGGAGAAAAAAUGGUCAGCCGUUUUGAACACCCUGCUGGAGGCUAUAAGAAAAUCUUUGAGACUGUGGAGGAGCUGAACGAACCUCUACCAGCAACAGUCACUGGUCGCAUCCCCUCAUUUAUAAAAGGGAGUCUGUUGCGUCUUGGUCCCGGUUUGUUCGAGGUUGGAUCUGAGCCCUUCUACCACCUUUUUGAUGGCCAGGCCCUCAUGCACAAGUUUGAUUUCAGCAAUGGUCAGGUCACAUAUGUCCGCAAGUUUGUCAAAACAGAUGCUUACGUACGUGCUAUGACAGAGAAACGUGUGGUCAUUACUGAGUUUGGAACCUGUGCCUACCCAGAUCCCUGCAAGAACAUCUUCUCCAGGUUCUUCUCGUACUUCAAGGGUGUUGAGGUGACAGACAACUGUCUGGUAAAUGUUUACCCCAUUGGAGAGGAUUUUUAUGCCGUCACAGAAACUAAUUACAUCACCAAAGUAAAUGUGGACACUUUAGAAACCUUGAAAAAGGUUGACAUGUGUGACUAUGUCAACAUAAAUGGAAUAACGGCCCACCCCCACAUUGAGAGAGAUGGUACAGUGUACAACAUUGGAAACUGCAUGGGGAAGGGAGCUUCGCUGGCCUACAAUAUCGUCAGAAUCCCACCUACUCAGAAGGACAAAUCUGACCCUAUUGAAAAAUCCAAGGUGGUUGUGCAGUUCCCAAGUGCAGAAAGGUUCAAGCCAUCCUAUGUGCACAGUUUUGGGAUGACAGAGAACUACUUUGUCUUUGUUGAGACACCAAUUAAAAUCAACCUCUUGAAAUUCUUGAGUGCCUGGAGUAUUCGAGGAUCCAAUUAUAUGGACUGCUUUGAGUCUGAUGAGGAGAAGGGUACAUGGAUACACAUUGCAAGGAAGCAUCCAGGAGAGUACAUUGACUAUAAAUUUAGAACCUCUGCAAUGGGUCUUUUCCAUCACAUUAACUGCUAUGAGGAUUCAGGCUUCAUUGUUUUUGACCUGUGUGCCUGGAAAGGCUUUGAAUUUGUCUACAACUAUCUGUGGCUGGCAAACCUCCGUGCCAACUGGGAAGAGGUAAAAAGGAAUGCCAUGAUCGCCCCUCAACCAGAAGUGAGGCGAUAUGUCAUUCCACUGGAUCCCUACAAGGAGGAGCAGGGUAAGAAUCUGAUCUCUCUGCCGUACACCACAGCAACAGCCACAAUGCGUGCUGAUGGGACUAUUUGGCUUGAGCCCGAGGUGCUUUUCUCUGGUCCACGGCAAGCUUUCGAGUUUCCUCAGAUCAACUACAAAAUGAACAAUGGAAAAAAUUACACAUACGCCUAUGGGCUGGGCCUCAACCACUUCGUCCCUGACAGGGUUUGCAAGCUGAAUGUGAAAACCAAGGAGACCUGGGUAUGGCAGGAGCCAGACUCGUACCCCUCAGAACCGCUGUUUGUCCAGACACCUGAUGCGGUAGAUGAAGACGAUGGUGUCUUAUUGACAAUUGUGGUGGCCCCUGGAGCCCAGAGACCAACAUAUUGCCUGAUCUUGAAUGCCAAGGACCUGUCUGAGGUUGCAAGAGCAGAAGUUGAAACCAUCUCGCCAGUCACCUUUCAUGGAAUGUACAAGCCAUAGUGUUUUGUGGCUGGUCGCACAGUGCACACAGAGUUGCUUCAGUUUUAUUGCGUGCGCCAUCAUGACAUUGUGAACAAUAAAUACAUACAUUUCAAUACUGAUUUACUUAUUUGACUCCCCUGUACACAAAUUAUCUCCUGAUUACCGAUGUGUUUUUAUCUUUUUGAUCACCAACCCAACACUUGUUAAUAUAGUAAACUUGUACAAUAUAGUAAACAAAUAUAGUAAAAACCACACUUUGACAUCUACAGACUAUGAAUAAUGCAAAAAUGUAUAAAUGAAAGAAGGGCCCCAUUCCAUGUAACAUCUACUUACCUAAAAAAGUAUGUAUAGAGGAAAUCCAUCCUCCAUUGCUUCAUUGAGUUGAAUUCAUAUGACACUUUCGUUCAGUCAUUGACGUUUUUAGAUCCUCCAAUUAUUUUUACUUCAUCUAUAUUUUGGCAAAUUAUUACAUUUUCUCUUCACCUGUCACGUGAACCACAAGCAAGCUUGAUGACGAAUUAAAGUUAUACUGAAAGUUGA